AUGAAAUUCAACUUGUUUUCGACCUGCAUAGUGAUCACUUUUAUGGGAACCUUCAGGCCAGAAUCGUUGAGGAUAUGGAUCACCCAUCCCAGGAAUCGUAGAAACAUACAGUCUGAUUUGCUCAUCUUCACACUACUUUCCGUCGUUACCGUGGGUUUGGUAACAGUUUGCCUCCUAGGUAUGCAAUACUUCGUUAUCGAGGGAAACAAGAUCGGAGUUUCCAAACUGUGGACGAGAGGAGCCAUAUGGUUUUUCCUCACCAUCGUCGUGCUGGGUUACAUCACAACGGUCUAUUUACUCGGAAAAGGUGAGGAAUCCUGGAUGAGACAAGCGUGGAUGAACGUGUUGCCCGAUAAUUCGCGUGGCGAAUUAAGGGAUAAUUUAGAGUUUACCGAUGAAAUAAACGCGCGCAGCGGAGUUUAA